AUGGCCACCAUGACCGUGAGACAAGCGCCUAUACCUUCCUCCUCGACCUCAUCCGCCCCAUCGCCUCCCAGAAAGAAGCGGGCGAACUCGAGGCAACAAGCAUGGCACGACGGCGCGGGCAAGCACCAAGGGGGCAAGGCGAGCAAGAAGGGCAGAGCAGGAGGCGUAAAGAAAGACCCGCCGCCUCUGAUACGAAAGGUCGGGCUCGCGGCGCAGAUAUAUGGAAUCCAGGGAGUGAUGGGCACGGUGUUGUGGUUCCAGGGCUGGAGGGAAUGGUUAUACCCUCCCGACGGCGGGCCGGAUAUCGUGAAGGCUUAUGAAUGUCGACCAGGGAUGGGCGUACGCAUCUUUUUCCCAAAAAGUUUCGACCAGACCUCCCCAAACACACUACCCACCAUCAUGUCGAUCCACGGCGGCGGCUUCUGCGUCGGCACGAGCCGCGACGACGACGAGUGGAACAGGCGUGUGGCCGACACGCAGGGCAUGCUGGUGAUCAGCCUGCCGUACUCCAAGGCCCCGCGCGCGCCUUUCCCUGCAGGGCUGAACGACCUCGAGGCGCUGUACCUGGCCGUGCUGGCGGAUGAGAGCCUACCCAUCGACCGGACGUCGAGUCCAAGCAAAAGCAGAAGAGGUGGAAGAAGCAGGGGACUGAAGGGCAGAGUCGCCCUGGCGGGUUUCGAUGCUGGCGCCAAUCUCGCCAUGGCCCUGUCCCAACUCCCGGCCGUGCGCAGCAGCCUCAGCGCCGCGGCGCCCUCGGCCGUGGUCAGCAUCUGCGGGAUCCUCGACCUGGCCCGCCCUGUGGAGGCAAAGAUGAUCAGCAGGCCAUACAAGCAAGGGCUAUCAUACCCCCGCAGCGGCACAAUGGACAUGCUAGCAAACACCUACUCGGCGUACACGUGGAGCUACGUGCCGUACGGGCAGGACCUGCGCGACCCGUGCCUGAGCCCCGCGUUCGCGGGGUGGGACGUGGACGACGGCGGGGGGGAGGCGCAGCAAGGGGACGGGGCGCUGCCGCCGCACGUGUGCCUCGUCGGCGCGGAGCUGGACAUGCUCGCGCACGAGAGCUGGCGCGUGGCGUGCCGGCUCGUGCAGGAGGGCGGGAUCCGGCGGGGCGACGGGCGCAGGGCGCGCUGGAGGGUGCCGGACCCGGACGCCGGGGCCGACAAGGCGCAGUCCGUGUGCGGGCGGGAGCAGCUCGGCGCCGUCAAGGGCGCGCUGGAGAUGGAGGACCUCUCUGUCUCGGCGCGGGAGGACGAGGAUGGGCUCGGGGCGCGGAAGAGGUUCGGGUUUGAGGUCACCUGGCCUGAUGGCGGCGAGGAAGAAGGGGAUGGGGACGGGAGCGUGAGGUGGAUCCUUGUGCCGGAUGUGAUGCAUGGCUUUGAUCGGACGCUGUGGAGGGCUGGUGGCGAGGAGACGGUUAGGGAUGCUGAGUUGAAGACUGUUGCUUAUGUUGAUGCUUUGGGGAAGUGGCUGCGGGAUACCGUUUGGAGGAUGUGA